UGUUUUUGAAGCCCAGUAAAAAAUAAUUGUUUUUGUUAAGUUCACCCAAUUUAUGUAAUAGUGGUUGGGCUGAAACAAUAACCUUGAUUUUGGGCUUUAAUACGACCCUUAUUUAGAUGGGCCGGGUUAAACCGUACCCGCCACAACACACCUACACCUACUUUCCACAGUAUCGAUCCUGCAAGUCAUCGUCUUCAAUUGGCAUCUGAAGAAGAAGAAGAAGAAGAAAGGAGCCAUGACAAUGUUUAGAUCUAUCUCCAUGGUAAUGCUGCUCGUCGCACUAGUUACAUUCAUUUCUAUGGUUUCUUCUGCUGCUUCGUCCCCAGAAGCCGACUUUGUUAAGAAGACUAUCUCUUCCCAUAAGAUCGUCAUUUUCUCCAAAUCCUACUGCCCCUACUGCAAGAAAGCUAAAUCAGUGUUCAGAGAGCUGGAUCAAGUUCCUUAUGUUGUCGAGCUUGAUGAAAGAGAAGAUGGUUGGAGCAUCCAGACUGCACUUGGAGAGAUUGUUGGAAGGCGAACAGUACCGCAAGUCUUCAUUAACGGAAAACAUCUCGGAGGAUCAGAUGAUACCGUAGAUGCGUAUGAGAGCGGUGAACUCGCCAAGCUUCUUGGUGUUUCCGGGAACAAAGAAGCUGAACUCUAGGUUAUAUAUAGUUGGAAGAAUUGAUAACACUCUCUGUGAUGCUUAGGUGUAAGCAAUUCAAUUUCCAUUUGUAUUGUGUUCUGCAGCUUGAUCAUGACCUUGUGACAGCUUGAUCUUGCCUUUUAAACGUAUCUUAUCAAAGACCACAUUCUGAGUUAUACAAAUUGGGUUGAGGAAUCAAAU